ACUGCAAUGCAUUGGGGAGCCAAACACGGACGGAAAGAAAUGAUAAAAUUAGUAGCCAACUCUGGGAUGGAUAUAAACACACGAUCGCAUGCGGGCUAUACACCAUUACAUAUAGCUGCUAUGCACAACCGAGAGUCUAUCAUGAAGUUUCUCACAUCAGAAUACGAAGCCGAUGUUAACAUUCGUGACUACAGUGGCAAGCGCCCUCAUCAGUACUUGGCGAACACUGAGCCAACAUAUCUACAACAAACUUUGAAAGUUCCCUCCUCAGGUGUUCUUCCCAACAUUCAAAUGGGUCAUCUAGAGAAGUUUGAACCAGAGAAACGAUCAAAGUUUAAUACAUUGAGGGCAUCCUUCAGAGCUCUACGAACGUGGGGAUCAACUGAAAGUAUACCGAAAAAGAGGAGUGUAUCAACAGGUGUAUUAGUGUCCUCCCCGAUGAUGCGACCUAAGAGCGUGCACAUGGAACACCACAGGUCGUUCACACCUGAGACUUCUCCGAAAAUUCAACACAGACCUUUGUCAACAGUAGAUUUUGACCAAUUCCGGAUGCCACCUCCAGUUCCUACACAUGUGAAACGAGCCAGGAAAAAUGUUUUUGGUGCUGUAGAAAUUCAUAAAAGUGGCUCAGACUCGAAUAUUCUGGAGUCAUCUACAUUUAUUUGAGACAAAUGAAGACGACCAGAACAUGGUUGCUAACAACAACAUCAUUCCCUAUGCUGAUCAUUCAGGAAUCACAAUAUGAACCAAAGCAAGGAAAGAUACCAGUCUAAGUUAUUCAUCCAAAAUCUGAAGUUGGUUAUUAGCAUUCUCAUUGGUUGUCCUUAUGCAGUGCUCUCAUUAGUUGUCCUGAUGCAGAGCUCUCAUUCUUGUAUUCUAGAGUGUUUUAUUCACUUUUUCUACGUGGUAGUUCUCAAUUCAAAAUAGAGUACUACAGUGUUACGUCACGAUACCAUGUGAUACUACUCCAUUGCUAUUGUUGCAAAAUGCAUUCAACCGGAUGCUAUUUUCCCCACUGACAAACCAUUGAUCCCAAUUUCUAACCCCUUUCUAACGUAAUUAUUAAGAUGUUGUAUCUUAGUUUUUCUUUGUAAAUUUUAAUUGAUGAUUAAAUGUGUGUUCGAUAACUAAUAUAAUGUGGGCUUUUGUGUUUUUACUACAUUUUGAUGGUAAAAUAUUAGAUUUUAAAAUGCCUAUUCCAGAAAGCAUAUGAAGUCAUUCAGGCGUAAUAAACGGUAACUAACAUCUGGUUGGCAACAGAGGGUGCUACCUGGCGUUGUGACGACACGACUGUGGUACUCUAUACUGUAUAUGUGAGGAAAAAUUAGUUCAGUCUCGCAGUGUGAACACUGCAUAGUAGAAUGGAUUAAAAUACAAUGGUUCUCUGACAGAAAUAUGGACUCAUUAAUUAUGCAAGGUAUUAUAAUUAAUAUAAUUAAUAUGCAAAUAAAGCAGUUGAAUGCUGCAACAUUCUGGUCAAUAUUUAUUUCACCUUGAGUCAGUGCAUUAACAGAGGAUAUAAACUAUAGAAUAUUUCCAUGUAAAUUAAAGUAACAAUUGUUUGCUAACACAUAUUUAUGGUGUAUUUAUCAUUGAGACAAGUAGUGGUAGGCCUUUACCAUGUAAUAGUUGGUGGUACUAUUUUUACUGUCAGUCUACCUUUUUUGGUGCUCUUGUAGUUUUGAUUGACAAUUAUGUAAUAACGAGUACAGUGAUUUAAUUUGAAUUAUAUAUAAUUCCAAUUAUCUCUGAAAACAAGAUGCAAUUGCUUGAGAUUAUUACCAAUAUCAUCAUAAUCCAAUGUGAUUAUCACCAUAAUCAUCAGCCUCAUUAAAAUUAUAAUUGUCACCAUCAUUACCAUGCACCACCACAUUCAUCACCUCCCUCAUUAUUUACAGUCAUAAUCAAUAUUAUCACCACCACCAUUACAUGGUAAUCAAAAUCAGCAGCAUCUUAAUCAUUUCAGUCAUUUAGGCCAAAACAUUAAAAACUAUGUGUUGCCCAGACAGUAUCAUUCAGACAACAGGGUCAGUCGGUCAGCCUUUUUUGACCAUAUGGUUUUAGGGAUCAUUGUCAACCACCUCUCUCCCCAUGUGUUGUUCAUUUUGGCACAUGAAAUUGUAACCACAGGGCUAAAAAAAUGAUGACUAAAUUACAGCUUGAAUUAUUUUGAACUUAUCUAUAUAACUAUUUUGGGAUCUUUCCUUUUACAGAAUAAAAAAUUGCACAGAAAGAUAAACUGGCCCUAAGGCUGGUCAAACAUUAUAAUUGAUAAUCACAAUUGUAUCAUAAGCCUAUUCCUUUUAUCAAUUUUAUAAAUAAUAACUGUAAUUAAAUACAAAAUAUGUUAUUUUAUUACAGCAUGUUUUAAUGCUAUGUAAAUUGAAUACUAAUUUUACAAGUAAUGUUAGAAAAACUUGAUAUUUCAUCGUAGGAGACAUUAUAAAGUAGUGCUGAAUUGAUUAAACAUUUAAAAAAAUCGUAUGAAAAUCAUGGUGAGUAAUUUUAUUGCUUUUGACAAAUGUAGGACAUUUUAAUAAAGUAGAUAUUAUCAUAGCACAGGUGGUUGUAGGUGCUCUUUGUAUAUAAAAAACGGUUUGCUAUUGGUGGUUUGAACACAUUCAAAUAUAGUGUUACACCAUUCCAUUGAAUUUGUAAUCGUGCAAUAGAUUGUAUACAAACUUCAUUUUGUAUUAGUUAAUGGUGCCACAAAUAGGACUAGAAAGUUAAAAAAAAAAAUACAGUGGGAAUCUGUGUGUCUAAAAUUAACUACUUUAAUUUUGUAUUGUUACUUUUCCUCAUUUAUUUUCAAUUAUAUUUUCUGAUUAAAAUGAUGCACAAUCUGAGAUUUUGUUUUUGGUUUUGUGAACAAUGCAAUUAGUGGUCUUGCUAGCAUGGCAUACAAUUAUGCAAUUGGACAACAAAAGAAUUUUAUGGUUAGCAUUUGUUACUAGAUUGAAUUCUUAUUUAGAUACUGUCAUUAAAUAUGUACAUUUUUAUUACGAUUUAAUUGUAGAUUAUACCAAUAGAUUUUUUUUAUAGGUUUAUGGACUUGUAAAUAAUUAAAUAUACUCUAUGUUUCUAAUAUUAUUCAUUUAGGUGGUGGACGUCAUGUUUAGCCAGUAGUUGGUCAAAGGGGUAUUUUAUGUACAGAUACUGACAACUGCAGUAAAAAUUAAAAAGAGAAUCUUA